CACGGGUUGAUGAGAACUCGAAGGGGAGAAGGAGCUCAGACCCUGAACUGGUUCGACGCGGUCCUCGCGGUAAGGGGCCAAGAUGGCGAGUGUGUUACGAGCAUUGUCUACGGUGUGACUUUUUUAGCAUUAUCAUUCAUAUUACGUGAAAAAAGUACGAUCAAAAAAAACAUUCAAACAAUAAACUAAUGAAUUUACAACCCGUAAUGUGAAUAAACAGUCAUUGGCAAAGUGUUUAUCAUGUGUUCUUGAAUUUAAAAGUCAUUAUUUAUCGACGAAAAAAUGUGUGAUUUUCCCGCGAGGGUGUAAAAACCGUUAAAUCAAUUUAAAAACAAUGUUUUUCUGUCGGUACGGCGUUCAACUUGAUUAUUAGCUCACAUAAACAAGAUUUAAUAUUCUGAAUUGAAUUUUUAGGGUGAAUAAAAGGUGGUGAAGUGAAAGAAUAAUCAAGACAGGGUAAACAAAGCGCAAUGAGUGCCGUUACGCCGAGUGUAUCUGAACAAGCGACUGAAAGUCACAUAACGAAGUCUGAAAAUGAUGUCGAGGCCUUGCUUGAAGAAAAAAACCGUGUAAUUGCGCGUCAGUAUGCAGAGAUUCAAGGGUUACAAAGGGAAUUGUCAGAAAUCAUCGGUGAACGCGAUGCUUUGUUAUGCGAGGUGUCAAAAUUUAAGUUCGAGCUUGAGAUGGCAGAUCUUAAACGUCUUCACGAUGACAGCUUUCCUCAAAAAAUUGAUCGACCCAAUCAUAACACCAGUUUGGGUCAGAAUCUUGGACCAAGUACUCAUGGUGUCUACUCUUCUGGUAGUCAAACGUCUCUAUCGACUUCCUACAUAACUGGUCAAUCGUACAUGCAGUCUCAGAAUUACGGUCACGCACCAUAUCCUUCGCAGACGAUGCAAGUGUAUCCCCACACCGGAUACAAUCAGCCACAGAGCUACGGUACAAUGGUCCAAGGAUAUGGAGGACAGCCACAGUCUGGUUAUCAGCAAGCUCAUCAUAAAAAAGGAUCCAUUAGGAAUGGGGAUGUGCUCAAGCGAUGUAGACUUCAAACAGCUAGCUACGAACUCUCGCAGGAUCUGCUAGAUAAACAGAUUGAAAUGCUGGAGCGAAAGUACGGUGGAGUCAAAGCAAGGAAUGCUGCUCUAACGAUUCAGAGAGCAUUUAGGAGGUAUACACUGUUGAAAAAAUUCGCAGCAAUCACAGCAAUGGCAAAAGCAGAAAAAAGACUAAGCAGAAAUAUUCAAGAAAACACAGAACGUACUGGAGUGAUGAGUGAUCAUGAUAGAAUUCUUUACCAUAAUCAAAUCUACAUUCAACAGUCACCACAGACGACAAAUCGACCUGUGCCUAUUAGAAGUAUGUCUUUAAGGGAACGAAGACAUGCGGAAAAUGCAGCAAUGCCAAGAAGUCAAAGUGGUAGAUGUGAAGUUCAGAUGAUGAGCCAAAUUAAUGCUGGACAUCAGCAUUCGCCUUACAGUCUCCAUCAAAGUGGCAGACACACUCCAUCACUUACCCCAAGUCCUUGCGGAAGACAUCAACCACCAGCUAGUCCUUGUUGGGAUACUAGCUCUCAAGAGAGUGGCUCUAGCAUUCAUUAUUAUAAUCCUCAAGAAACUCUAUGUGGUCUUCGGCAAGAGACUCCUCCAAGAGAUCUUCAUCGAACCCCUUGCACUUCACCUUCAACUCCUCACAACCUUCAGACUCCUUUGACUCAUAGUUGGGGUAAUUCUUCACAAUUAAGUUCGGGAGGAAGAAGUCGAGGCUCUGGAAAGAAAGUCCCGCCUGAAGUUCCAAAGAGAACAUCUUCCAUAAGCUCAAGAUCGAUGGAGCAAAGACACAACGGAUUAAGUAAGAGCGUUGAAAAUGGAAGUCUGAGUUCAGUUCAAAGUUCUGGAAGUGACUCAACUAACUGCGAAAGCUCUGAAGGCGACGCUCAACGCGGCUCUCCGAUUUGGAAACACAAAGGGAUCUCUAGUUCACCAGAGCAUCAAGAUUGUGGCCAUGCUCCUGACAAUAACAAUAUGAUCAAUAAUGCCAAGGAUCUUAAUCAUUCACACGCGAGCUCAGGAUAUCAAUUGCCUAUUAUGGAUCAUGUAGAAACAAUACCUCAAGCAAGUUAUAAAGUGUCUGAAACAGUGAGAAAGAGACAAUAUCGUGUGGGAUUGAAUUUGUUCAAUAAAAAACCUGAAAGAGGCAUUACGUAUUUAAUAAGAAGGGGAUUUCUUGAAAAUAGUCCUCAAGGAGUUGCUCGGUUUUUGAUCAGCAGGAAAGGUCUAUCGAAGCAGAUGAUCGGAGAAUAUCUUGGGAAUUUACAAAAUACCUUUAAUAUGGCGGUAUUAGAAUGUUUUGCUCACGAGUUGGACUUGGCAGGAAUGGAAGUAGAUGUGGCUUUAAGAAAAUUCCAGGCAUACUUUAGGAUGCCUGGAGAAGCCCAAAAAAUUGAAAGAUUAAUGGAAGUAUUUAGCCAACGUUACUGCCAAUGUAAUCCGAAUGUUAUUUUGAGACUCAGAUCGCCAGAUACAGUAUUCGUAUUGGCGUUUGCUAUCAUCAUGCUCAAUACGGAUUUGCACACACCAAAUCUCAAACCAGAGAGAAGAAUGCGACUGGAAGAUUUUGUCAAAAAUCUUCGUGGCAUCGACGACUGUGGGGAUAUUGAUAGAGACAUCCUUGUUGGAAUUUAUGAGAGAGUCAAAGCAAAUGAAUUCAAACCCGGAUCAGAUCAUGUCACUCAAGUGAUGAAGGUGCAAGCUACGAUAGUUGGUAAGAAGCCCAAUAUGGCUCUUCCACACAGGAGACUUGUCUGUUACUGCAGACUUUACGAGAUCCCUGACAUUCACAAAAAAGAAAGGCCUGGAGUUCAUCAGAGAGAAGUGUUUCUCUUCAAUGACCUUCUUGUGGUCACUAAGAUCCUUAGCAAAAAGAAAAGCAGUGUUACUUAUACAUUCCGCCAGAGCUUCCCGCUUUGUGGAAUGGUUGUUACGCUUUUUGAAGUUCCACAUUAUCUUUAUGGUAUCAGGCUUUCACAGCGAGUCGAUGGCAAAGUACUAGUCACAUUCAAUGCAAGAAAUGAGCACGACCGUUGCAAGUUUGCUGAAGAUUUAAGAGAAUCUAUUAGUGAAAUGGACGAGAUGGAAGCAUUACGGAUUGAAACAGAGUUGGAACGGCAGAAGAGCAGUCGAGGUACUAGAGGAAGUUCAGAAAAUCGAGAUUCUGGUGUAGCUGAUGUUGAAGUAUGUCCUUGUCCUGGUCCAUGCUUAGAGCGACCGGAGGUUGCGGACUUGGAUUCGCAGCUGAAGAGAUCUGCUCUUAGCAAUUCUCUUCUCGACAUUCACGAACAAUUUGCUGGCGAGAAACCACAGAGACGAGGCAGUGUUGGAUCUCUGGACAGUGGUAUGUCAAUUUCAUUUCAAUCGACUUCCGCUAGCUCGAUGAGCCAAGGCGUGAAGCAUCCUGGACAAAUUCACUCUGUUCAUCCAGGGGCUACAAUCCCUGGUGGAGGUAAAGGCCUGGCUCAGCAGCCAUCUUUUUUAGGAGGUCUAUUUGCAAAACGCGAACGUAAGCUGUCGCAAUCAGAGGAAGCUGGAGGGCCCUACAGUCGUACCACAGAAGUUUAAAAUGAGUCUCAAUCUUAUCAGUUCUUGGUGGAAGAUAGUAGAACCAUUAAACUAUUGAAAGUCAUGAAUUUCCCAAUUUUUACAACAACUUAUGGUAAGCUAAAUUAUCGAAAACCAUUGAGAUAAAUUAUCUACAGGUUUUGGGUGGGAGAGAGGUUAACUGUAAAGGUCGAUCAUUUUAAUUACUUGAAAGAAUAAAAAUACAAAAAAAAAAUUAAUAAAGUUAAUUGGGCAGGAUCCAAUUCUAAUCAACUAAUUCGACUAUCUCAUUUCCUUAAGCAUGUAUAAUAUAUUUAUUGGCCUACAGUUCGACAUCGUCUUUUUAAUUAUUCACAUUAUGAAGAUGGGCGAACGAAAAUAACUAAAGAUUUUCAAGGUUGUAUAAAUAAUACUAAUGCUAACAAUAAUCAUAAUAAUGGUAACGAUAACAAUAAUGAUAUUAAUGUGAGGGAAUAUAAUGUGAAAAUUGUGCUCAUUAACAAACGCAAUUAAUGGAAUUAAUAAGCACCGAGAAGAGUAAAAAAAAAAACAUGUAAAUAAUAGAAAUAAUUGAAUUAGUUAAGUAUCAAAAACCGUCUGCAAGAAAAUAAUUGAUUAAUUAAUGAACUUGAUCGUAAAAUAGCUAAGUGAUUAAGUAUGUAAAUAACGGCAAUACAUCAGUAUAAUAAUUAUUGUAAGCCUAUCAUUGUUCAAUAAUUAGUUUAUUAUUAUUUUCAUAAUUUUCGACGGAAGAUGCAUGACAAUAUUUACAAACAUUUGACAAAAAUUGUCUUUUUAAAUUAUGAAAUAUUAAGUUGAUUUAAAUUAAUUUUUUCAAUUUGAUGAAUAUUUUAACCACUUGUGUAAAGAUUGAGAAUGAUUUAUAGAUUUAUUGAGAUCAAUUUUUUCAUCAUUAAAAAAUUACUCACACUGUAAAUAGUUUAAUAUUUGUAUGGAAAAAUAGCUGAGCAUUAUGAUAAGAAUAUUAAAUAAAUUAAUUAGAUAAUAGAUAAAUAAAUGAAAUAAGGAAAAUAUUAAUUAUUGUGGCAAAAAUGAUGUUAAGCUAAUAAAGAUAUGAAUUAACUUAGGUAAAAAAGUCAUAUAUCAAUUAUGAACAGAUUAUAAUUGAAUAUGAUCCAUCGAUUUAUAAUAUUUAUAAGAUUUUUUUACCUGAGAAAUGAUUGAGAUUUAUGUAGGAUAAAUUAACAAAGUGAAGGAUAAAAGAGAUCAAAGAUAAUAGUUCAAUAAAUCUCAAUUGUUAAUCCGCGAACUCUAGUCUUGUCAAUACAGUCGUACACUUUUUCUUAUGAAUAAAAUAGAUAUUUAAGACCAUAAAACGUUCAUUAGUAUAAAGAAAAUAUCAUGAAAUACAAACCACAAAAAAAUUAAAUGAAAAUAAGACGUACUCACGAAUUGAUUUUAAAUUAACUAUAGUGAAGUUAAAUGAAAUUAAUCGCGUCAAUUUGUUAGAAGAAAAAACCAACAAAAUAAGGGAGAAAUAAAUUAAGGUGAAUUCAGGGAAUUUCAUUUGUUCUAAAUUCUGUGAUAAAAUUGCAAUGAAGACUGAUAAUCAACACCCAAUACGAGUCUUUUAAUUGGAAGCAAUAGCUCUCUACAUUAAUAUUUCUCUUACUAUAAUGUUUUAUAA